AUGUGUUCUUCAUGCUUUUGCCCAACUUGUCCGCCAACUAUACCAUGUGGUGUUGGUUGUUGCUAUUAUUCCUGUCCACCACCUCCAGCCUGUUGCCAGCCAUGUUGUCCGCCUCCGACACCGUGCACGCCAUGUCCGCCGUGCACAUGCAAACCAGUAUUUCGACCAUGUCCAGCGCCUAUUAUUCCUGACAUAGUACCACCAAUUGUUCCAGUAUUGCCAGUUUGCAAACCACGCCGAUUACCACCGUGUGAGCCACCUCCACCCCCACAGCCGAAACCAGUUUGUUGUCCUCCAGUGCUACCAUGCUGUCCUCCCCCGGAACCAUGCGAUCCUCCUCCGGUGUGUCCUUGCCCGGAACCAACGCCUUGUUACCAGUCGGUUCUACCUUGUUGUAAUCCGCAAUGUCCCCCUCCUAUAAUUCCCAAGCAACGGCCAAUUUGUCCACGGCCUCCACCUUGCCCGUAUCCUUGUAUUCCUGUGUGUCGCAGCUGCUGUCCUGAUUGCGAACUGGACCCAGUGACGCGAAGAAGACCGUUAAUAGUAAAUGACAGUGUAUUCCAAAAUAGACCUUCUGGUCUACCUGCAGAAUGCUUCACUCGUCGAAAUCCAAACGUGCGGUAUUCUGUAUCUAAUUAUGUAAAACAGGGACCGCAGGCGGGAUGUGCUUAUGCAGUAAACGUGCCCUUAAGAUAG